AUGGAACCUGAAGGCUAUGACAGUGAUGUCUCUGCCACGGCGUCUGACAGGUAUCGGGCCGCCAGCCCGCCCGCCAUUCCCGCCAAAUUUCCCGUGGCUAUGGGCCGACUCGAAUCAUCAGAGGCUGUUGACGCCCGAUUAAGGGACUUGAACCACGUCGAAAACCAGAAUAACGCCAAGCUCGAGCGCCUACGCGCCAAAAGAAAACGGAUGGAUGAAAGAAUCGCCCAAAAGCGCGAUGUUCAGGACCGUAAAAUCAAGGCCAUCAUGGAUGCUCGUCAGCGCCGUGAUAGCGCCAUUGCUGCUCGGCGUGCCCGAGAGGAUGCCGAAUUCAGACGCGUUAUGGAACAGGUUGAUGAGGAGGAGGAUCAUUUGCGCCGGCGUCUGAAGGCCUUGAAGAGAGGUUUCCCAGACGAGUCGCCAGUCCCAGCUGGGCGCAGCAUUUCUACUGCUUCGACUUCACCUCCAGGUCCGACCUACUCGACUAUUCCACCACCAGCAAAGCGACACCAGUCAAAUCCUCCCGGCCAAACUCAAUCACCGUUGCUGACUCAAGGUGGAGCUCCUCCCUCUCAACCUACCGCUCAAGCCCCUUCCUACUCGUUCUACCAAGGUGGUACAAAGCCGUAUUCUGUACCAUACCACAGCAGUUCCGCCUAUAGCACUGUCCCGCCUCCGCCUGCGACGCACGCUAUUCCUCCGCAAGUCCCUUCUCAGCCAUCGAAUGAUCGAUCCCCUUUUGGCAUUAAUGGCCGUCCAGCAUCGCCCCUUAGCAGACCACCUCUCACCACACCGGUGCCACCCACGUCUGCGCUCUCGACGGCCCCACCACCAAGACAGACCUCAUCGACGUAUGAUACGCGCCCCCCACCACCGACAGCAGCCAGCUCCGGCUUCGCCACCAUCAACGCUCCGCCGCCAAGUUCUGGUUUUGCGACUAUCAAUGCCCGCUCUGCUGCUACACCACCCAGCAGCAACAGUCCCCUCGCGCGGUCUGAACUCGACCAUUCUAAGUCUGCACUUACUCCUUCGGCUCACCCCGAGAAUGCCACAGGUGCCAAAUCUUCGUCCGCCAAUUCUACACCCGCCGCAACCGGCAAGAGAACGCCCUCCACAACGCAUCCAUACCAGAUGUCAGAAGCCUUUGCCAAUCGGCAUCACCAUUGCGAACGGGUGGAUGAUCUCAACCGUGGUAUUUGGACAUCUCACGGCCCCGGUGGCACACAAGAGCACCCCACAGGCCCUCCUGUCGAGAUGUACUUGCGCUGCAAUCACGACAACUGCCGGCGCAUCGACUGGCGUACUGUUCACGGCUUACAAUGCCACAUUGUCAAAUCGCACGAGCAGCCAAAGGGCACGAUUGGGAGUCUCGAAAAAGCUUUGGACAGAUAUGGUGUACCGGUCAAGGAGGUGGAGGAAUAUGAGAAGGAGCAUGGAGAAGGGAUGGGUGGGACGAUGGCUGACCCGAAAAACAUGAAGAUUAAGAACAAGACGAGGGAGGUCGGAGGAGGGCGCAAGAGCACGCCAGGGGGCUCCGGAGUGGAUCCAAAUGUUCGGCCCGCUGGGUAUAAGCCCUCGCCAACCGCAAGCCCAACGGCCAUGCACUCCGUGCCCAGAUUUUCAGGCCCAGGUCAUUCGCCUGUGAGCGCUUAUGGAGCGCAGACCACGCCGGGAGACCACGGAAGGCCCUAUGCACCAACUACAGGACCAGCAUGGAACAGCGUCAACAGCGCGUAUGGACCGCCCAGAGCCACACCAGUGGUGGACACCAAUAAGCAGCUACAGGGAGAUGCAGUAAUGAAGGAAGCACCGGCUGCGCCGCCUUCGAAAGCGCCCGGCUCUGCGUCAGGGCCGCAGCCGGCGACUGGCCAGUCUCGACCAGAGCAAAAGGCGUACGAAUUUGUGCCCAAGCCAUUUGAAUACCCACCUCGACCGCACCCGCCAACGCAGCCAGCUGGCGACAGAAUGAGUCAAGCAAGCAGCACACCCACGCCCACAUCUAAAUGGGGGAGUGCAGGCAGGGAAGUUCGGCCGACGCCGACGCCGACGCCUUCGCAGCCCCUACGCUGGGGUGCACCUCGGAAUGGUGAGACACAGGCGCGGCCUAUAGGCCACACGUGGGAACCUCGCCCAUUGGGUCCUGCUGAACAGAAGCACGAAUCUAAGAAGGAUGCAGCAGCUUUCGGGGACGAUAAGAAAGUCCCGGAUGCCGAUACUGUGAUGGGUGGAAUGCCCAGCCCUAGGCCCGACGCUGUGGCCCCUGCCAAAAGAGAAGAUAUAGCCCGAGAAGAAGCCCCUAAGGAGCCCGAGAAGGCAGCUGAAACCGCAACUCCGUCUGCAAUAAGUUCAGUGCCGGCGCCGGCGCCGACUGCAGCCGACGAUGCAAUGGAAAUCGAUGGCGUUGAAGAUAAAAAAGAAGCACCCGCCGAAUCUGCGCUUGUACCAUCCGCAGCUACUGAACCAGCACCUACAUCUACGCUGGACAAGCCUGAAAUUACCGAAGCGAAGGAAGCUACUCCUGCUGCUAGUGGUCCUGCAAGCGGCACACGCUCCGCGCAAUCACCACUGAUCUCCAACAAGCCUCUCAGUGCGCCGACCAGUGCAAAGCGUGUGAGUCGGCGCUCGAGCAUGGCGAGGAAAUUGUCUGGAGACAGCGGUGAUGGACAAGCUAAUGCUGCAGCUGUGCAAGCCGAAGCGACGACUGACGGCGCUGAUGGUGAGGUGGCUGAUGAGAAGAAAUCUCUUGGUGAGCCGGUGGAGAAGGCAGAGGCAGGCGUAGAGGAGGACGGGGACGACGAAAGCAUCACGGUUGCGUCAAAGGAUAGGGACAGGAAGGACGACAAAGAGAGCUUGAAGGAGAAGGAGAAGAUGGAGCCCCGAACGCCGCCGAGACGGGCAGCAAGCGGGAGAUUCACGAGAAAGAGUAAUCGGUGA